AUGAUUACCCUCAUACUGUUUACUGUAGGUAUGGCCACAACCACUCUUUUGAUUCCCAGGAACAAGCUAUGAGCAGGAGCAAUUUUUCAGAGUGCACUAUUGUCUUUGUUAUCUUUAAUUGUUCUAAAUAACCACUGAACCGCCUCAUGACACAAACUCUCUUCUAUCUUAGCCUCCGACACUAUCUCCGCACCUCUUAUUAUACUUAGGUGCUGGCUGGCUCCAAUAGCCCUAAUAGCAAGAAAGGGACAACUGAAAAAAAGAAGAGACCUUGGCAGCCGUGUUUUUAUAAUUAUGAUUAUUGUAAUCACAGGGGCCCUUAUAAUUACCUUCUCAUCCCUAGAGCUAAUCCUGUUCUACAUCGUGGUCGAAACUACCCUAAUACCCACCCUGAUCCUUAUAACACGGUGGGGGGCACAAAUGGAACGGUGCCAAGCAGGACUAUACUUUAUGUUUUACACGCUGUUUGGCUCUCUUCCACUACUUAUUGCCAUAAUAGCCAUAUACAUAUCAAGAUCCUCCCUAUCAAUACCAAAAGUAAAACUACUGUGAGCAAACGACGGAUCAAUUGAGUCAUUAACAAUGUGAUGAGCCCUAUCAAUAAAUUGCUUUUUUAAUAAAUUGCCUGUGUACGGGUUCCACCUGUGGCUUCCAAAGGCACAUGUUGAAGCUCCAGUUGCAGGAUCAAUGAUUCUAGCGGCAAUUCUACUAAAGAUUGGGGGCUAUGGGCUAAUGCGACUAAUAGCCUUAUUUUCAACCAUAUCUAUGAAAGCCCUCUCCCUAGCCCUCAUAGUGUUCUGCACUUGGGGAGCCCUAAUCACUAGUGUUAUAUGUGUCCGGCAAACAGACCUCAAGGCUCUAAUAGCCUACUCUUCAGUUGGGCACAUGAGAAUAGUUGCAGCUGCCAUAUUCUCAGAAACAAGUUGAGGGAUGAAAGGAGCCCUAAUGCUAAUGGUAGCCCACGGAUUGGUAUCGUCUGCCCUAUUUUCUCUUGCCAAAACCGUUUACGAGCGAAGAGGAACCCGAACACUUGCCAUAACACGAGGCCUCAAGCUUCUUCUUCCUCUAAGAACACUCUGGUGACUCUUAAUGUGUGCUGCCAAAUUGGGAUUACCUCCCUCCCCCAACCUAAUAGGAGAAAUACUUAUAUUAUCUUCACUUAUUUCAUGGUCCGUAUGACUCUUUCCCAUUGUAGGCUUCGCACAAGUGUUUGGAGCCAUCUACUCCCUAAUGAUAUUUCAGCUCUCGCAACAAGGAACACCUUUUACAAGAAUUAUAAAAGUUUUUUCCUCCUUUUCACGGGAGCAUUUAUUCGCCGCACUUCAUAUUUUACCCUUAAUACUUAUAAUGAUAAAUCCUUUUUCAGCAUUAAUUGCCUGAUUAAAGUAG